AUGCAAUGGCAGGAGCCGGUUUUCUCCUCUGACAAAGGCCUGUCUGUUGUUUUUAUUUUUCUCUCCUCCUCUUCUGCCAAAGAGUGGGAGUGUCCCAGAGGAGUGGGGCCCAGGGCAACCCACCCCUCCCCCCAUGCCACCAGCUCAGACCGGGGUCAAGGCUUGGGGCCAAGUCUUUGGCUCUGGAAGAGCCUGCCAGGCCCCCAGAUCCCCGCUGUCAGAGGCAGCUGGGAGCCCCUGAAGGCUGGGCCAGCGCUGAGUAAUUUUCCUCUAAGCCGCCCCCGCUCCUGCCCCCCUCCCUGGCUGCGGCUGCUGGCUGUGAGCCUCUGGUUCGGGGCUUAG